AAGCGAAAGAAGAAAAGAAGAAAAAGAAGAAAAGGAAAAAAAGGAAAAAAAGUAGAGAAGAAAGAAUGGAAUGCGGGAAGAAGUGGGGAAAAGAAAAAAAAGAAAGCGAAAAGAAAAGUGGAAACGAAAAAGAAGUGGAAAAGAAAAAAAGAAAGGGGGAAAAGAAAAAAAAAAGGAAAAGUGAAGAAAAAAGAAAAAAAAAGAAACGAAAAAGAAGAAAGAAAAAAGAAAGGAAAAAAAAAGUAAAGAAGAAAGAAUGGAAUGCGGAAAGAAGCAGAGAAGAAAGAGUGGAAUGUGGGAAGAAGCGGGGAAAAAGAAAAAAAAGAAAGCGAAAAGAAAAGUGGAAACGAAAAGAAGCGGAAAAGAAAAAAAAAGAGGGAAAAGAAAAAAAGCGGGAAAA